CUGGGAGGAGGCCCAGAGGGGGCAGGGGACCUGGGGGAAGCCCCAGACUCUCCGCCAGCUCAGCUCUACUGUCCACUCCCCGGGUGGCUGGCCUCUGUGCAGGCCAAGGGAGCGGAGAGCUGUGCAGGGCUCGGAGCCUGAGGAAGCCCUCUCUGGCCCGGCCAGGGGCCCUCCUUUCCCACAGGCAGCAAGGACGCCUGCCCCCUGCUUCCCACCCCAGGUCUGCACCACAUCUGCUCUAGGAAGCUGCAGCCUGUUCUUGCCAUGAGGUUCCAAGGCAAGAAACAGCAAGGGCUUCCAGGGAGAGGGCCCCUGGGCAGAGGCACAGGAGUGGAAAUAAGUCUCUGGCAUGGUCAGGUGGACCAGGAGCCCCCUGGGGUUCUUUGUGAGAUGGCAUGGAGCAGGGGCCAGCUGAGCUCUGCCCAGAGCGCAGACAGAAAUGGGACGUGACAAGGACCCACAGGAGCAGUGUGGCAGGAGGGAAGAGGGUUUAGGAGCCAGAGGGAUCUGGUGCUCAAGGAAGGCCCAGCCCCUCACCUGUUCCUGGGAACCGGACCUUGGCCCCUGGCAAAGGGGCCAAGACAUCGCACGAAGCCUCUAGGGGCACAGGCAGGAGGCACCGACCCCUGGUGGCAGCUGCACAGGCGCGGGAGGGCGGCACGAGCAAGCCGGGGUGUGCGUGGGUGGAAGCGAGGAGGGGCCGAGGGAGGAAACUGGCUUCCUGAAUCCUUCUCAGUCCUCAAAGACAGACCGACAGACAGAUAGACAGCUGGCAAGAGGCAGCCUGGGGAACACAGCUGCUUCAGCAGACGUCAUGGCCAUGGCCGAGUGAGCCUCCCUGGGGCCAGUGCCCCACCCCAGCAUGGUCCAGGCCCGUGGGGGGCGCUCCAGAGCACUGCGGCCGACCUCAUCUUUAGGGGCAGCCAAGAUGACCCAACCUCCACCUGCCAAAGCACCAGCCAAGAAGCAUGUGCGGCUACAGGAGAGGCGGGGCUCCAAUGUGGCUCUGAUGCUGGAUGUGCGCUCCCUGGGCACCGUGGAGCCCAUCUGCUCGGUGAACACACCCCGGGAGGUCACCCUACACUUUCUGCGCACAGCUGGACACCCGCUGACCUGCUGGGCCCUGCAGCACCAGCCACCCAGCCCCAAGCAACUGGAGGAGGAAUUCUUGAAGAUCCCUUCAAACUUCGUCAAUCCUGAAGACCUGGAUAUCCCUGGUCAUGCCUCCAAGGACCGGUACAAGACCAUCUUGCCAAAUCCUCAGAGCCGUGUCUGUCUCGGUCGGGUGCAGAGCCAGGAGGAUGGAGAUUACAUCAACGCCAACUACAUCCGAGGCUACGAUGGGCAGGAGAAGGUCUAUAUCGCGACCCAGGGUCCCAUGCCCAACACCGUGUCAGACUUCUGGGAGAUGGUGUGGCAAGAAGAAGUGUGCCUUAUUGUCAUGCUCACUCAGCUCCGAGAGGGCAAGGAGAAAUGUGUUCACUACUGGCCCACAAAAGAGGAAACCUAUGGACCCUUCCAGAUAAGCAUCCAGGAUACCAAAGAGUGCCCAGAAUACACUGUGCGGCAGCUCACCAUCCAGCACCAGGAGGAACGCCGGUCAGUUAAACACAUCCUCUUCUCAGCCUGGCCUGACCACCAGACGCCGGAAUCAGCCGGGCCUCUGCUGCGCCUGGUGGCUGAGGUGGAGGACAGCCCAGAGACAGCUGCCAACACUGGGCCCAUCGUGGUCCACUGCAGUGCAGGGAUUGGCCGGACAGGCUGCUUCAUAGCCACCCGAAUUGGCUGCCAACAGCUGAAGGCCCGAGGGGAAGUGGACAUCCUGGGCAUUGUGUGCCAACUGCGGCUAGACAGAGGAGGAAUGAUCCAGACUGCGGAGCAAUACCAGUUCCUGCACCACACUUUGGCCCUAUAUGCAGCCCAGCUGCCCCAGGAACCCAGCCCCUGACCCCUGCCACCCUCCACCAGCCCAGGUGCCAACCGCCCUUCAGGCCUGGGUUUGGGGAAGUGAGCUGUGGGAUCUGGGGUACCCCCUGCAUGAGAGUGGGAAGGGAUGCCCCAUUAGUGAGCACUUAGGAUCCCAGGAAGCUGAAUCAGCAAGAAUGAGAGGCCAGGCUUCAGGUGCCCCCACUGGCCACUCCUCUGCCUCCCCAAGUGGCCCCAGAUGGGUAAUAGAGGAGCCUUCAAAUCUCUGACCUUAAAGAUAGGAGCUGGCACAGAUGAGACACAAGCCCAGGUGGGUUGUUCUUCCCGAAAAUGCUCUUUGUGAGCAUUCAAUCUUCUCAUCUAUGUCAUGGACAUAAAGUGCUCUGCUGUCAUAAGGGAAGCAAUCAGAGAAGUUCCCAGCUGCUGUUCCAGUGGUCUCUCCUUUUCCUGGGGCUGGCAAGAGGGUGAUUCCAAGAUAAUCCUCCACCCAGGCCCUGCCUAAGUGCUGGCCAGAUGAAGAGCUGGGAAAAGUCUGGUUCUGACCUCAGUCAGAUUCUCAGCAUCCUGGCAGGCUCCCUGCUCCACCCUACGCAUCAGCGAGUGCGGGAUGACCCCCCUCGAAGGUAAACAAAGACCCAGGUGACCCCUGUUUCCAUGCAUGUAUCCUGAGAGGAGGCUACAGCGGUGACUAGGCAUGUCAGUUGAAACCUCUGAAAGAGGCAAUAUGUGGGGACAAAUCAGAGGUCAAGAAGAUUGUCCCUGCCUACAUAACUGCCCGCCACUUACCCAUCUACUUUCUGUGGAGCCCCAACACUCUCUGCUUUGCUCUAUGACCUCAGAAGAUACCCUGGGUGCCCAGGAAGCACCAAAGAAAGAGGAGACAGGAGGAGACAAAGAACUCCAUCUGAUUCAAAAACCCCCACCCCCACCAUAUCCUCCAUGCCCGGCAUUUGCAGAGUACAUCUGGAGAGCUUGGCUGUUUCCAGAACAUUCUGAGUUUCAAGCACCCCGUACAGACAGAUGGGCUCACACUGAAUUGCAACCCCUCACAUCUACCCCAGAGAACUAAUCACCAUUCAUCUCAACAUGAUUUCCAGGGCAACCCAGAUUUAUCUCAGGGCUCAACUACAAAAUCUCAGGAAGGUACCCAAACCCUGAGCCCUUCUUGACUCUGAGGAUGAUGGUAGUAAAGCACCAUUCCUCUUGGCCCUCAACCCCGGAGGGUGGCUGACACCGUUCUCUGUGAAAACCCCAAGGAGCUGGUCCCAGAAAGCAGCUGGGCUCCCCUCUCAUGACGUCUCUUUUAAAGGACAUGCAGUGCUGCUGUUGAGGUUCAUUUUCUUCAUGCUUCUGCUUGGCCUUAUGGAGAAGUCCCUCCAUCCUUCAUAGGCCUGGAGUGGGCUCACCAAUACCUCCACCUUCCAGAGCCCUAUGGGAGGCACCACCAUCUGUGCCACCCAAGCAAGGUGGAGGGCUCUCAAGUGCCUGAUCCUGCCCUGAGCUCAGACCCAGUCUGGAGGAAAGCAAUGGCAUAGCCCCCAAGGGCACCCUCCUGCACUGUGAGUCUAACCUUGCUCCAGAGCUCAGAGGGUACCAGCUCUGGAGAAGUAACCAAGUGGAAAAAAUAAAGACUUGUUGGAUGAC